UAACCGUGUAAGGUGCCCGCAGAUAAGAUAACCACUUUUAAUUAAUAAUCACUUUUGUGUACAAAUCUAUUAUAUCGAAGCUAAUAAAUUGUGUUUGUGGCCUUUUUAAUUCAUCACUUAAUCUAUUUAAAUUGGCCAAUUGUUCGACAUUCUCUCGUGAUAUGCCGGAUAGUUUGUGACUGCACUUUUAAAGAUGGAACAGAAGAUAAACAAUUUUUUGACUUUUCUUAAUGUGAAUAAGAAUAGUGAGAGCGCAGUGACGAGCGGCGGUAGUGAUCCACAAAUCGGUUUCAAAAUUAGUUUUAAUCAAAAUCUGGCUAUAUUGAACGUAAAAGUUAUUGGUGCUAAGCAACUUCCAGCGGAUUAUGGAAGUUCCAAACCUAAAGGAUAUGUCGUAAAGGUCACGGUUUUUCCCACUAAAGAGAAGUUCGAAACUAAACCAGCAAAAGAUAACUGGCCGACGAUAAACGAAGAAUUUCCAUUUACUCUAAAUAUACCAGAUAAAAAGACGAUUGAUUUUCUUAAAGGCAUAUUCGUUUCAUUUACAAUUUAUGCCACAUUGGAUGAGACUGAGGAAGAGAAACCUACGAAAGCGGAAAAGGGACCAAUUAGACGAUUUUUCUCGUUUGAUGAAAAUAGUGACUUUUUAAGGAAUAACGUACGGAGAAGUUUUACUAGGAGAAGUUUCAGAAAUUCUAUGAAAAAUAGAAGAACAAUCGGUGCAGUGACUUACAAUUUAGAAAGAAAAAAUUUCACACAAUUUUCAAAAGACAACGUAAUAAGUACGCCAGAUGUGUGGAGGAGUGUCAAGGAAAUAACCAGUGGGAUUCAGACGCAACCUAGAGAAGGUAAAAAGGGCUGUAUAGAGCUAACGUUGCAAUACUCAGUAAGUGAAGAUGGAAGAAAUGACGUGGUAGAAGUGACUGUGACCAAAUUUAGAUGCAGCCUACAAACGAUGCAGGAACAUGAAAGAGUUGGAGGCCAGCUCUACAUCAAAAUCAACGCAUUCGAAAGCAACGAUAUAAUCCAGAAAAAGAAGAGUGACAAAUUCGAUCCCACAAUUAGUUUAAAACUGGAAGCCAAUACUGCGACACUAAGAGCAACCGUUAACAAUUACAUGUUGAACCAAGUUAAAAUUGUGAUAAGGCUAAUGGCCAAAAACUUGUUAGGCAAAAAAACUUUGUUGGGGGUAAUCGAAAUUAAUAAAAAUUUACCGUUCUGGAAAGAAAUAGUCGCCAAUCCUGGGACGCCAGUCACAAAAAUGGUUAACUUUGAGUAAAGAAAAUAUAAUUAUAAAAAACUGUGCUAACUUUUAUGUGAUCAAGUCCUAUUAUUCCUUACUAUUUAGCAAUAUUUGUGAAGUAACAUUUUAAGCGUUAAGUUUAUGUUUAUAUAAUAAAUUAUAUUAAUUAAUACUUCAACUCGCUUAAGUAUAUUUAAUAUUAAGUGUCGUAUUUAUUAAGUAGGUAUAUACUUUAAUAGGUAAGUAAUACCCAUUACAUAUUAUUAGGUAUUUUUAGAAGGUUAACAUUCUUGUUCAGUGAGAGUUGUAGGAUGUAAGACAUACUUUCAUAAAAGAUAUAAUCAUAAUUUUGGACUUUUGCAACUGUACAAUAGUAUGUAUUUUUCGGCCUUAUAUCAUAACAACUAUUUUGUAGAUGUUCUAAAUUUGUUUGUCAAUGUAGAGUAUGGUAUAAUUCCAGACCAUUUUCCUAGUAAAACUAUAUGAAUAUUGUAAAUACUUUUUGAAUUAUUGGUUUGGCCUGCAGUAGGUUCUGCCAUCUAUGAACAGAGGAUUCAAUAUUACACUACGUAGGUUAUUCGUUUCAUAUGUUACGCUGGAAAGUCCGUAAUAUGAAUAGUUUAGUUGGUUGGCAAAAGCAUAGAUGGCGAGCCCAGUUUUAUUUGGGUUUAUAGAGAAAACAAUUUUUUAUAGAGGCUUAAAAUAUUUGUGAGAGUGGUGAUAGUUUCUAUUCAGACUAGUCUGCACAUUUGUUUUAAUUAGGUGGUUUUGUAUUUUGUACAUAAGUUUUGCCUGCUCCAACAUCUUCAACUUUAUCAAUAUUCAGGAAGGGAUACUGCCUGUAUAGUGUUUCACUGGGUGUAUAACAGUGCCUGGAGAAUAUUGUUUUUAUUGAUUUCUUUUGCAGUCUUUUCAGCUGUUUUAACUGUUCCAGGGUAGCAUUUUUAUAGCAUGGUAUCAUAUACCUGAAGUGUGGCUCAAUGAAACUAUUAUAGAUUAAAUAUUUUGAGUUUUUAUUUAACAUAUGUCUACACCUCCUAACAGCUCCCAAGAAUGAAGCAAUUUUUGCAUGAAUACUUUCAAUGUGUGCUCCCCAUGUCAGUUUGUCUGUUAUUAUAAGAUCUAAGUACAUAUUGCUCCACUUAUUUGAGAAUUUUGCCAUUGAUUUCAAUUGUUGGGCUUAUUGUUCUUUUUUCCACCUGAUGUAGGACCAUAUAGAAUCAACAUUUAUGAGUUGAGUUUAUUGUAGGAGAGCCAAUCAAAAUAGCGUACUAGAUCUUCAUUCACAAUAUUUUCAAGUUCUUUUCCAUUUUCUCCAAGUAUUGAAGACAGUAUCAUCACAAAAUUUCACAUAUUUAGCCCUCAACUUCAGACUUUGGACAUAUAGAAGGUACUCUAAAGGUCUUAGUACUGAGCCUUGGGCAAUACCGACAGAUAUAUUUUCAGCGCUGCUUAUUCCAUCAUUGAUUAUGUUUUCAGCAAGUUAUGGCAUGUCCCUUGAAAUCCAAUUUUUUAAAACUUAUCUAGCAACAAUGCAAUAUUCACAGUAUCGAAGGCUUUUUGUAGAUCGACAAACACACUUAUAACGUAUCUGGCUUUAUCCAGUUCACUUGAAAUAUAUUCUAGACUGUUGCCCCAAGUGUACUACUUCUUUUUUGAAAACUAUACUGGUGACUAUCGAAGUAAAAGUGCGUAUUAAUGAAUGAGACAAGUCUGGUUUUUAUAAUCUUUUCUAUUAUUUUGUUAAAUGUACUCAGCAAUGAUAUUGGUCGGUAAUUAUUCAAAUCGUCAUGUGCGCCCUUUUUAUUUACCGACACAAUUUUUGCAGUCUUUAGCUCUUCAGGAUAGUGUCCACUUUCUAUAGGAUGUGGUUGAUAAUUUCUACUAUUUUACGUCUGAUAAUUUCAAAAAGCGUUCCAGUGUCUUUUUUUUUUGUACAAACCAGGAGUAAAACUGUGUUUUAGCUCAUUUAUUAAUUUUUCAACUUUUAUGUUUGUGUGUUGUAGUAAAAUGUUUCUCUUUAUUCUUCUUCUUGAAACGUUACUUCCAUUCUGCUAUUUAUUUUAGUUGCUAAUGUCAAUCCAAUGCCUGAAAAAUGUCCAUUAAAAACUGCUGCAAUAUUUGCAUCCUUGCUAUAUAUCUUUCCAUCUCCAGUACUGCCCACGUUUUCCUGGAAUCUCCCUGUGCUUCAUUAAACUUCUUUUCCGCAUACUCUUUUUGUAAUUUAAUUCUAAGUAUAUUAAGUUUAUUUUUCAAAUCUUUAAAUUCUUUCUCGCUGUGGGCUCUACUAAAAGCUCGCUGUCCAAAUAGAACCUACAGAGAACUAUAACGAAGAUCGAGAGGAGUAUUUAGAGAGUUCUUUCUAUUUACACAACACAAACGUUUUGGAAGUAGAAAAAACCAUAAAUUGUCUCAAAUACCAAAAAAGCACCAGGUUUUGAUGGCUUUGAAGCAGAAACGCUACAAAAAGUAGCUAAAUAAAUCUCCAAUCCACUGACACACAUUAUAAAUUUAUGUUUCAACACAGGAAUAUUUCCCGAUGUCUUAAAAACAUACCUCUCCACAAAAGUGGACCAAAGGAUGACGUUAAUAAUUUUAGACCUGUGUCUUUGAUUUCCAAUCUGUCUAAAAUUGUCGAAAAAAUUUUAAAAUAUAGAUUAGUGAAAUUUUUCACUAAAUUUAAGGUUCUUUCUGAUAAACAAUUUGGUUUUCGUCAAAAGAGAUCCACAUCAGAGUAUGCCAUUCUUAAACUUACAUCCAAUUUAUAUGAUGCUCUGGAUAAAAAUAUUCCUGCACUAUGCAUCUUUAUAGACUUAUCGAAAGCCUUUGACACAGUUAAUCACGAAAUCCUACUGAAAAAACUUGAAAUUUACGGAAUUUGGGGAAUUGCAAAAAAACUUAUAGGAAGCUAUGUACUUAAAAAAUAGACGACAGACUGUGAAGGUGAACAGCGUGCAAAGUUCCAGUAGGGAAGUUGUUUGCGGCGUGCCCCAAGGUACAGUUUUGGGCCCACUUUUAUUUAUAAUUUAUGUAAAUAGUCUUUCAAAAAUCACUAGCCUUGGUGAUAUUAUUAGUUACUGCGAUGACACAGUGAUUUUUUACAGCGCGAAUACGUGGCAAGAUUUAAAAACAAUAGCAGAAAGAGACUUUCUCAAUAUUUCAAAUUGGUUUAAGAGUAAUAAACUUUCACUUAAUGUCCAAAAAACCAAGUAUAUAAGUUUCACCUCAUACAAAGAUAAGCUCCCUAAAAUUGGAUCAUUACAGGUAAAUCAAGAGAUAGCAAUUCCCGAAACUGAAAGUAUUAAAUAUUUAGGCAUUAUCUUGGAGCAAAAUCUAAAAUGGAAUCUACAUGUUAAACACGUCACCCAAAAAAUUAGAUCUUUGAUAUCCAAAUUUAAAUACUUAAAAAACUAUUUGGACAUAAAACACCUUAUUGUUAUAUAUUACUCAUUGGUACAGUCACAAAUUAACUAUGGAAUAACAGGAUGGGGAGGAGCAAGAGAUUGGCAUAUUCGACAGCUAAAUAUAGUGCAAAAAUGGCUAAUUAAAGUCAUAUUUGAGAAAAACAAAAUUUUUCCUACAGAUCUCUUAUUUAAAGAAUCAAAACUUUUUGAUAUUAGACAACUAUACAUUUUCAAUCUAUUAAUAUGUAUACACAAAAAUAAAAUUUGUAUAGACUCACCUACUCAUACACACGCUACAAGAAAUCGCGAAAACCGGGUACAAGUACCAAGAAAACAAAAGAUUAUUGGACAAAGACAUUUUCAAUCAAAAUCUGUACAAAAUUUAGUCAAAAAAGGAACAUUUAAAGGUAAAGUUAAAAAUUGGAUCCAGGAAUCAAACCGCCAGGUACUACCUGAUUUAGUGAAUAAUAGAUGGAAUAAGGGGGGGUAAGUUACAUUGAAAAGGAAAAUUAUUGUUCGUUAUACCUUGGCCCUGAUUUUAUUUAUUGUUUAUUAUUUUUGAGCGAUUUUAUUAUUUUUUUAUUUUUAUUUUUUGUGCUUUUUAUGAUUUGGCAGACCCUGAACUAGACAUUUACACAACCCGAUUUUGACAAUAUUUCCUGAUUAUGACACUUUUACCCAAAUUAGACACCCCUAAACCAAAUUGUGACCAAAUAUUUCUCAUCACUAACAAGCUGCAAAUAAGUGCAGCUUCUGUGAUUUUCGUUUAUUUGUACCCUAGUUAAUAUGGAUGUUAUUAGAUAAUAUUAUUUAUUUAUGUUAUUUUGGUAUAAUAAACGUAUAUUUAUUAUUA